UAUGGGAAAUACAGUUUUGGCUCAUGCGGAUAUUUACGGACUGCAGAAGUGUACGAGACUUCGAUGGCAAGUACUGAUAUUAUUGCUUUCAUGUAUGGGCCGUGCUGCUUAUGGACAGAUUCGCUAUUCUAUUCCAGAGGAAAUGAAAAAGGGAUCACUAAUAGGCAAUGUCGCCCAAGACCUCGGAUUGGAGCUAAAAAGACUGCAGUCAGGUCGGGCCAGUAUCGUGACCGGGGACAGCGAUCAGUACGCAGAGCUAAAGACAGACAAAGGGGUUUUGGUUGUAAAAGAAAGAAUAGACAGGGAGGAACUCUGUGGAGAGGUUUCUCCUUGUAGCUUCAGUUUCAAAAUUAUCCUUGAGAAUCCAAUGGAACUGCAUCAUGUUACUGUAGAAAUUCUUGACGUAAACGACAAUGCUCCGGUUUUUCAAAAGAAUGAAAUUAAACUUGAAAUAAGCGAAUUGGCUGCGUCGGGUGCGCGUUUUAUUUUAGGUAGCGCGGAUGAUCCUGAUGUGGGUGUAAACUCUCUUCAAAAUUAUAUUUUAACACCGAAUGAUAAUUUCAUUCUGAAGCAGCACGAAAAUCAGGAUGGGAUUAAAUAUGCAGAAAUGAUCCUUCAGAAACCCUUAGACAGAGAAGAACAGCCACGCCUUUCUCUAAAAUUAAUAGCCGUGGAUGGCGGAAAUCCUCAGAAAUCUGGAACAGUGAAUAUCGAGGUGACUGUUCUUGACGCUAAUGACAACCCCCCGGUAUUUAACCAGUCGAUGUACCGAGCAACUGUUUUGGAAAACGCUUCAGAAGGCACGUAUAUCACAACUGUAAAUGCGAGUGAUGCAGAUAGUGGGUCAAAUGGUUUAGUAACCUAUUCAUUCUCAAACCUGAAAGGGAAUGUGGCAGACAUGUUCAGCCUCAAUGAAAACACUGGCACUAUAUCAGUUUCAGGACAAAUAGAUUAUGAAAAGAUAAAAAAAUACGAAAUUAGAAUCGAAGCCAAAGAUCAAGGUGGUCUAACCGAUUCCAGCAAAGUUGUCGUGGAAGUAGUCGAUGUCAAUGACAACGCUCCUGUAAUAAAUAUCAUGUCAUUCUCCAGCCCAAUACCGGAAGAUUCUCCUCCCGGAACUACGAUAGUCAUUUUUAAUGUCAAAGACGUUGAUUCUGGUGAAAAUGGCCAAAUCAGCUGUUCAAUUAACCAAAACAUCCCCUUCAAGGUAAAAUCGUCUUUAAGAAAUUAUUACACUUUGGUAUCUGAAGCCGGUCUUGAUCGUGAAAAAAUAAUGGACUACAAUAUCACAAUAGUUGCGACUGACUUGGGCUCACCACCUCUUUCAACUUCAAAAACGUUGAACCUUAAAGUAUCAGACGUGAAUGACAAUGCUCCAACAUUUCAUCAGGACAUCUACACCUCCUAUAUUGCCGAAAACAAUUCCCCAGGCGUGUCUUUAUGUACCGUGAAAGCUCAUGAUUCUGACUGGAAUCAGAAUGCCAGAAUAUCCUACAUAUUAGAAGAAACUGAUGUGGCGGGAGCACCCAUCUCUGCAUAUGUUUCUGUGAAGUCGGACAGUGGAGUUAUAUACGCAGUCAGAUCGUUUGAUUAUGAGCAAAUGAAACAGUUUAAACUCAUUGUCAAGGCGCAAGAUGGGGGCUCUCCUCCAUUACAUAGUAAUGUAACAGUAAACAUUUUUAUCCAAGACCAGAAUGACAACACUCCUCAGAUUCUCUACCCAAUGCAACCUGGCGUUUCUCUGGUGGCUGAAAUGGUGCCUCGCUCAGCAGAUGUUGGCUAUCUUGUCACGAAAGUUGUCGCUGUUGAUGUGGACUCUGGACAGAAUGCCUGGCUCUCAUAUAAAAUAAUGAAAGUGGCAGAUAGAGCGUUGUUUGAAGUGGGCCUGCAGAAUGGUGAAAUAAGAACUUCACGCCAGGUCACUGAUAAAGAUGCGGUGAAACAUAGGCUUACUGUUGUAGUGGAGGACAACGGGCAGCCCUGUCGUUCAGCUACAGUCAAUGUGAACGUGGUGGUGGCGGAUAGCUUCCCGGAGGUGCUGUCUGAAUUUACAGAAUUCACGCACGAAAAGGAUUACAACGACAACUUAACGUUUUAUUUAAUAUUGGCAUUGGCUGUAGUUUCCUUCCUCUUCGUUUCAUCUUUGGUGGCAAUAAUAUCAGUAAAAGUCUAUAGAUGGAGACAGUCGCGCAUCUUCUAUCAAUCCAAUCUGCCAGUUAUUCCGUAUUAUCCACCCAGUUACGCAGACGCUGGAGGUACAGGAACUCUACAGCACAUGUACAAUUACGAGGUGUGCAGGACCACAGAUUCCAGAAAGAGUGACUGUAAGUUCAUCAGACCCUGCAGUCAGAGCGUUUUAAUAGUGGAUCCCAGCUCUUCAGAAACCUUGCAGCACGUGCCGAAAGAGACAAACAUCUUGGACGAGCCAGAAUCACCGCUGCAGGUGAGAUUGUGUCUUUGUCAUUUUAAUUUCUGAAGUGGAAUUAACGAU